GCUUGACUUGGUGCCAAAUUCCUUUUGCAGGAUCAAAAAGAAAAUGGACAGCAGAUUUGCUUCAGAAAAAGUGAUUGAAGAAUUUGAAUCUUUAACCAAAAAUGCAAAAAGGGUUCAAAUUGAGACUUUACAGAAAAUCUUGAAAGAAAAUGGUGAAGCAGAAUACCUGAAAAAAUGGAAUCUUGAUGGAAGAUUUGAUCCUCAAACUUACAGUUCUUGUGUUCCUGUUGUUACCCACAAAGAUCUUGAGCCUUAUAUUCAGAAAAUUGCUGAUGGUGCAUCCCAUCCUGUGCUUACUGGAAAAGCCAUCACAACAAUUACAUUAAGUUCUGGUACUACUCAAGGGAAGCCCAAGUUUGUACCGUACAAUGACGAAUUGACGGAAACCACAAUGCAGAUUUAUCGUACUUCUUUUGCUUUCAGAAACAGGGAAUUUCCAAUUGACAAUGGGAAAGCUUUGAGUUUCAUCUAUGGAAGCAAGCAGUUCACAACCAAAGGUGGUUUACUAGCGGGAACCGCAACUACAAACGUAUACCGUAGCGCACAGUUCAAGAAAACGAUGCGGGCGAUGCAAACCCCGUGUUGUAGCCCGGAUGAAGUCAUCUUCGGGCCUGAUUUCCAUCAAUCUUUAUACUGUCAUCUCCUUUGCGGACUCAUUUUCCACGAAGAAAUUCAAGUCAUAUCGUCGACGUUUGCACAUAGCAUAGUUCAUUCGUUUAGGACCUUCGAGCUGGUGUGGGAAGAACUCUGUUCCGAUAUCAGAAACGGAGUUUUGUCCGCCAAGAUCACGGUUCCAUCGAUCAGAACCGCUAUGGGCAAGGUUCUGACCCCGAACCCUGAACUGGCGGACAAAAUUCACAGGAAGUGUUUGGGUUUAACUGAUUGGAACGGGUUGAUCCAUGAAGUGUUUCCUAACUGUAAGUACAUUUAUGGGAUCAUGACUGGUUCGAUGGAGAUGUAUUUGAAAAAACUACGGCAUUAUGCUGGCAAAGUACGAUUGCUGAGCGCAGAUUAUGGAUCAUCGGAAGGGUGGAUCGGAGCAAACGUCAACCCAAAUAUGCCACCGGAGAGGACCACUUAUGCUGUCCUUCCAAAUAUUGGGUAUUUUGAAUUCUUACCGUUGAGAGAGAUCGAUAUGGCUAGCCGGGAUCAAGAUGAACCCGACUUCACAUUUUGCCCGGUCGAGCCCAAACCUGUGGGCUUGACCGAUGUCCAAAUCGGCGAAGAGUAUGAGGUUGUGAUCACCAAUUUUGCAGGUUUGUAUCGAUACAGGCUAGGUGACGUGGUUAAGGUUAUCGGGUUCCACAACGCGACACCAGAACUCCAAUUUGUUUGUAGAAGAAACCUCAUGCUCACAAUCAACAUCGACAAAAACACCGAAAAAGAUCUACAACUAUCCGUGGAAGCAGCUGCAAAGCUCCUAGCAGCUGAAAAACUCGAAGUUGUCGACUUCACAAGCCACGUCGACAUUGCUUCCGAGCCUGGCCAUUAUGUGAUCUUUUGGGAGGUGAGCGGGGAGGCGAGCGAUAAGGUUUUGAAAGAAUGUUGCAAUUGCUUGGACAAAUCAUUUGUUGACGCGGGCUACGUGAGCUCAAGAAAGGUCAAAGCAAUCGGGCCUCUAGAGCUCCGAGUUUUACGGAGGGGAACCUUCCAGAAGAUCCUAGAUCACUACGUCGGGUUAGGGUCGGCGUUGAACCAGUUCAAGACACCGCGGUGUGUGACCCCGGUUAACCAUAGAGUGUUGCAAAUCCUUUGCGACAAUGUAGCCAAGAGCUACAUUAGUACCACUUUUGGUUAAGGUACCUAUUUUUGGGUGUAUUGUUAAUGUAGCUUGGCUUGGAUUUGUGUCUACUUGAAAGUAAUAUAUUUAAGUUGUGAAUGAAAAUGUCCUUUUUACCCUUUA